AUGGCCCAAUGCUCCGCUCCCGUUGACGGCAUCGUGGGCUCAUACACUGGGAACAGCUUCGCUCUCCAGGCCACAAUUGCUACCCUACUCGGUCUAGCGUUGUACAGUGCAAUCGAGCUGAUAGUCCUGGUGUUCUCGAUGUUCCACGCCUACAGUGGGCUCUAUUUCUGGAGCCUGUUGAUUACUGCUCUACUCGGUGUAAUUCCCGAUGCUUUGGGUCUGCUCUUGAAGUAUUUCAAAUUGGCACCCAUCUGGAUACCAGUUACAUUGUCCACAGCCGGGUGGGCUAUCAUGGUGACAGGACAGUCACUAGUUUUAUAUUCCAGACUCCACCUCAUAUUGCGUGACCAAAGGAUUCUUCGCGGUGUCCUAGCGAUGAUCAUUGUGGACGCAAUCAUUUUCCAAGUCCCUCAGAUCAUUGCUUCAUACGGUGUGAUAUAUGCCUGCCAUCUUGCAUUUGGUCGAUUCUUCAACACCUGGGAAAAAGUUCAGCUCACAGCAUUCUUUGUCCAAGAGAUUAUCAUCUCGAGUAUCUUCAUUGUACAGACUGUGAACCUGUUGCGCAGUUAUCCAACUAGGAGCAAACGAAGGACCAAUAUCAUGUACCAACUUCUGGUCAUCAACUUGGCCAUCAUAUUAAUGGAUAUUUCACUCCUUGUGCUUGAGUACAUUGGGCUGUUCAUUAUCCAGACCGUGCUCAAGACAUUUUUCUAUACCAUCAAGCUGAAGUUGGAGAUUGCGGUUUUGUCAAGACUGGUGUCAUUUGUACAAUAUGAUCCUACACAAGACUCAUCAGGAAUGAGUACAUCACAAUAG